AUGGAGGCCGCCUGUGAGUCUGCUCCGUUAGUGCCCGGUAAUAUUGUCAUCAAGACCGAGCCUGAGUGCGAGGACGAUGUGGUGUCCAGCUCGCGGGAUGUGCCGGUUAAACGCGACCCGGUCGUGCCUCUCCUGUCCCCGGUGAGCGGGUCGCAGCCUCUGUCCUGGUCGCAGGACCACCGUCUGGCCGUGUGUACCUCCAGCUCCCUGUCAGUGUUGGAGCUGGUCUGCGACGUCCACAGCAACAAACAGGACCUGACGCUGCACCGGACGUCCAUUUCUGUCCCGAACGAGACGCACAAACUGCGGGUGGGACGAGCAGCAGUGGUAGCUCAGGCGAUGGAAAAGUUCGCCACACAUCCUGAUCCCACAGUAAAGCAAGUUUUUCUGGCGGACAUGGUGAUCAACCCAUCAGUUGGCAUGCACAAAGGAAUAAAGUACGCCAGCUGGUCCCCGAUAGGCUGCGACUCUACUGGAUGCUGUCUGCUCGCCUGCCUGACGCUCGACAACAGGCUCACCGUUCAUAACAGCUGCAAGCAUCUCGAGUGGACCCUCCUGGUUGAUCUUUCCAAAAAGUACAGCGAGAGGCUAAAGGAGCGCGGCUACGCCAAGAAAGACGGCCAGCCUCCAGAGGCAGACCUGUUGGACUUUGACGAGCUGCAGCGGCGGUUCUGGAUGCAGACGCCCCGGAGGAUGGAGUGGUCCAGCGUCUACACGAUGAGGCAGGUUCAGCAGGACAACACCUGCGUGAAUGUGGACAUGGUCCUCCUCGCCGUCCUCAUGGAAAACGGUGACCUCGUUUUAUGGAGGUUUGAGCUGCCGUUUUCAGUCGGAGACGACGUGGAGUUUUACGACCUGAUCGAGUCCGGCGUUCCCAGACCCAGCGGCCUGGCGUGGUGGGAGUACAAGGACGGGGAUCGUCAGAUGAGCGGCCUGAUCGUCGGCAGCGAGGAGGGACCUGUGAAGAUCGUGCCGGUCAGCCUGUCCAAAGUGAAGGGCUACUGCACCCUCCGGCACCCCAUCGUCCUGUGGAAGGAGUGCGACGAUAUUCCUGCUGAAAACAUUAACUGCAUCCCUCUGAUGCACCCGAUCCACAAAUCCAGCUGCAGCCUCAUUGUCGCCUCGCGCGGCUGCUACGUCUUCUGGUGUCUACUUCGGAUUUCACCAGCUGGACUAAACGUGCACAAUUCCCACUUGGCGGGGCUGCACUCUCUUUCUAUAGUGUCCCUUGCCGUCAGUCAGGAUCAUGUUUACACCACCUCCAUAGAUGGGUGGAUUAAAAAGCUGACGCCACGGUUGACGGAAACUUCUGUGACUUUUAAAGUUGAGGACUUGUGGCAACCUGAGAGCCUGACGGGAAGGAGGAUCCACGGGAUUGCUGUGAGCCACAGUGGGGCGUACAUCACUAUGGUCACCACUCAAGGGGUCGUUGGUGGCUUUCAUUCUGUUUACAUCUCUCACAAGGUUCACUUCUUGGCUCUGAAAGCUCCUGAAACUGCAGCAGAGCUCCUGCUCAACUCCCCCGCACAGAACCUGUAUAAAAUGUCUGACCUGCUCGACCUGGUGAGGUGGGACAUCUUGAAAAACAAGCGCAUCCCUGCGCCGCUGCUGGAGCAGCUGGAUCAGAAAAUCCAGGAAGUAGACUUGCCCUACUUGUUGCGCUUCAAGCUGUUUUUGCUGCGAGUUCUCCACCAGUCCCUGCAGGCUCUGCAGGAAGGCCACUGCUGGAAACUCACUCCGACGGAAAUGGACGUGUCAGUGAGGGACGAUGAGAAGGAGGCGGGGGUGACAGACCGGGCGGACGUCGAGUCUGACGAAGUCAGAAAGACGCAGGAAGAGGAGCGAAGGGCUGAGGUGCUAAAUCAGAUCAGAACUUUAGAGACCCGUCUGACGAGGGAAAACAUGAAGAAAGUGUUGGGGGUGGUUUACCUGAACACUUGGACCACGCAGAACACAAGCGUACCCACCUGCGGCCUGAUGGAUUACCUGUCCAAAGAUCCCAACGACCGAGCUUCAGAGGUCCUGAUCGGCCACGUUAAGAACAAGAUGAACAAGCAGAUGUUUGCCGAGCGCUGCAGCCUCUGUCAGGCCGUGCUGCCCUUCGCCGACCACAAACAAGCCGUCUGUGAAAACGGACACGUGUGGCUCAGGUGUGUGUUGUCACACCAGGCCUGCCAGACGCUGACGUUCAGACGCUGCCUCCUGCAGGAUAGCAUCGCCAGACUGCCAGAGCCUGAGGAUCCAGAGUGGAUAAAGAAGAUCCUGCAGGCUCCCUGCGCUCUCUGCGACUCACCGAUGAUGUAAAAAGUUUUCCCUCAGAGCGCCACAUUCCUGACAGAGUCCAGUUUAUCCACUGCUAAAUA